GUGUUCCAGUAAGUAUGAUGAACGUCAAAGGCCUCGCCCGAUUCAAGAACAAACCGGCCAAGGAUCCGAAGGGGCCGGACGCAGGUGGCCAAAAGCCCGUCGGUGCGCGCCUCAAAAAGCCCGAGGGCGAUGCUGCUGCGGCUAAGAGGAAGCCGUCGGCAAAGGAGCCCCCCCAAGCCCCCAAAAAGUUAAAGAAGGGGGAUGCCGCGAAGGAUGACCCCCCGGUGGUGAUUAUAGAUGACCCUCCGGAGAUGCCGACGGCGCAGGUGCCGAGGGGGGUCCGGGAGCCAUCUCUCGAGGUCCUCACGCUCUCCCUUCCGGCUGGCACGGCCGUGUUUAAUGGCACGGCUGACCCGAGGGCGCUCCUGAGAGGUAUAACCCUCGAUAUCGACAGGGCAGCUCUCGGGGCCGAUGAUGAUCAAGCCCUUGAAGACAGGAUCCUCCGGUCUUCCCUCACGACUUGCGUUGCCCUCGGGGAGCAGUUCCGACGGCUGGAGGAAUGGCGCCUCCACAAAGCUAGGCAAGACGCCAAGAUGAAGGAGCUGAUCCUUAGGGACUCCCAGGCCACGAAGCUGAUGGCCCAGCUUGAGGAGGACCUCCGGCUUGCGAGGACGGAGGCCGAGAGGCUCAGGGAGGAGAAGGCAGAAGCUGAGGCGGCCGCUGCGGAGGCCGCAAGGAGAGCAGCCGAGGAGGCCGAGGCCACCAAGGCGAAGGCUGUCGCCACAGCCCGGGAGGAGGCCAUCUCCGGUUUCCUGGACGGGGGGUGGAAGACCGAGGGGCACAAGGCAUGGUUGUCUUCGGUUGUUGAGGCCUCGGUUGAUGAAUGGUCCGAGGGCCCGGGGGAGGAGUGGAUGGCCCGGAAGGGUAAGCAGUAUUAUGAUGGGGGUGAGUUCUUCACUCAAGCCCUCAUCUACCAGAGGAUGGCCCGCCAUCUGAAGGUUGAGCCGAAGGACUUUUAUCCGGCGGCGUACGGGCUCCCCCCUCUGCAGCCAGAUAUCCGUGUCCCUCCCCCCCUGAUGUCGAGAGGCCAGACCUGGAGGAUUCCGAGCUCCGAAGGGAAGCCGAGGGCGACGAUCCUGAGGCCGAUGCAGAAGUUUCCUCGAAGCCAUCGGGGGAGGCUGCCCCCGGGAAUGACAUGAUUUGAUAUGUAUUCUGUAAUUUGAACAGUUUUGUAAUAGCCUCGGCCUAACAUUGUAAUAACUAUAUUAACUCUUUGUUGUGAUGAAUGAUUGAAUGCCUUCG